AUGGAGGUGCCCGCUAAACUCGUGUUCCCCAUCAUGAUCAUCUCCGUGCUGCUCGCUCACAGUCCUGCUGACGCAUGGUACAAGCAGGUGGCCGGGCCGACCUACUACUCGGUGGGCAGAGCGUCCGGCUUGCUGUCAGGUAUCCGGAGGUCACCGUACGUCAGGAGAGCCGAGCAGACAGAGGAGCCGUCAGACAGCGGAGAGGCUGUGAGCAACAGCGUGUUUUCUGAAUUAACACCGCAGAGUUUCCUGCUGAAGACGAUGCCUGUUUGUAUCAAAGACAUCAAACCAAACCUACAGAGCUGUGAACUCCUCCAGGAACUCAAAGGCUCAUUUAAGUGCAAAGCAGAAGUCUUCCUCUCUCUGGACUCUUCAGACUGUGCAGAAAACUGAGCACAACAGCAGAGGAUGAAUCCGGCUUCUUGGAGACAUUACCAUUUAAAAACUGUGCAUUAACUAAGUAACUUUGCUCAAAAUCAAGUUUAAUACUCUGUUCAAAAUCAACAUGUUUAUUCCUAUUUAUUGGCUGAUAAACCCCUCUUGCCACUAUAAACUGUUGAAGUUAUAUCAAUGUACAUAUUUGAGUUUUCAUCAAUAAAUAAAUCAUGUCGCA